AUGCCAUCCCCAUCCCAGGUUUAUAGAUCUACCAGAUCCUCUUCUUCCGAAACUAAGUCCUUCGAAGAAGCCGUUAUUCAAGGUUUGGCUACUGAUGGUGGUUUAUUCAUCCCACCAACCAUUCCCCAAGUCUCUGAAGAAACCUUGUUCACCAAAUGGUCAAAACUUUCAUUCCAAGAACUUGCUUUUGAAAUCAUGAGACUAUAUGUGGAUCCAGUUGAAAUCCCAGAUGCUGAUUUGAAGACUCUAAUCAACAAUUCUUACUCUACUUUCCGUUCUAAUGAUGUCACACCAUUAGCUAAGAAUGUUACUGGUACUCAAGAGAACUUACAUGUUCUAGAGUUAUUCCACGGUCCAACUUAUGCUUUCAAGGAUGUUGCUUUGCAGUUUGUUGGUAAUUUAUUUGAAUAUUUCCUACAAAGGAACAACAAGGGUUUGCCAGAAGAACAAAAGAAGAAGAUCACUGUUGUUGGUGCUACUUCCGGUGAUACUGGUUCUGCCGCCAUAUAUGGUCUAAGAGGUAAGAAGGAUGUUUCCGUUUUCAUCUUGUACCCAACUGGUAGAAUUUCUCCAAUUCAAGAAGAACAAAUGACUACUGUCCCUGAUAAAAACGUUCAAACUUUAUCUGUUAAGGGUACUUUUGACAACUGUCAAGAUAUUGUUAAGGCCAUUUUCGGUGACAAAGAAUUUAACUCUAAGCACAAUGUUGGUGCUGUUAACUCCAUUAACUGGGCUAGAAUUUUAGCUCAAAUCACUUACUACUUCUACUCUUACUUCAAGGCCACUAACGGUAAGAAGGAUAAGGUCAAGUUUAUUGUUCCAAGUGGUAACUUCGGUGAUAUAUUAGCUGGUUACUUUGCUAAGAAGAUGGGUCUACCGGUUGAAAAAUUGGUCAUUGCUACUAAUGCUAACGAUAUUCUAGAUAGAUUCCUAAAGUCUGGUACUUACGAAAGAUCUGACGAAGUUGCAGUUACUUACUCCCCAGCUAUGGAUAUCUUAAUUUCUUCUAACUUUGAAAGAUUACUAUGGUUCUUAGCUAGAGAAUACAUUGCCAACGGUGACGACCUAAAGGCUGGUGAAACCAUCCACAAUUGGUUCCAACAAUUGAAGAAUGAAGGAAAAUUCCAAGUCGACCAAACUGUUAUAAAUGGUGCCCUAAAGGAUUUCGCUUCCGAAAGAGUCUCCAACGAACAAACUUUGGAAACUAUCAAGAAAGUUUAUGAAAUUUCUCAAAAUCCAAAGCAAUACAUUAUCGAUCCACAUACUGCUGUUGGUAUCUGUGCUACAGAAAGAUUGAUUGCUGCUGAUAAUGACAACACCAUCAACUACAUUACAUUAUCCACUGCUCAUCCAGCAAAGUUUGCAGAUGCUGUCAACAAGGCUCUGUCAUCUUUCCCAGACUAUUGCUUUGACAAAGAUGUUCUACCAGCUGAACUAAAGAAAUUGUCUACACUUGAAAAGAGAUUGAAAUUUGUUGAGAAGCCAGAUGUUACAUUGGUCAAAGCUGCCAUCGAAGAGGAACUUGCUAAGAUGGAUUUAUGA